UCGUGAAGGCAUCACAAUUCAGGAGUUCAUUCAUUCAAAAACAAGUCGGCUUUCGGACCAGUUGAUUGCAGCAAACAAGGCAAAAUGCGUUACGCGCGAAAUAUAACGAACUCUUUCGAAAUUUAAAAAGCGAACUGACAGUUGACUUUGUCAAAUAUUUUUUAUAAUAUCUAGAUUGUUGUGCAUUUGUGAUGUUUUAGUGUUAAGUGCAGUGUUUUGUAUUCAAAUGUUGUGUUGACGGGCGAUGCUUGUGGGGGAGCAAUCGCCGGCACCGCGGGUGGUGGCCGGCUUGCGAAAACUUCGUCCUGAACUGACUCCAGGGCCUGUUAUAACGCCUGCUGACCCUAAUCUAAGAAUAUCAGGUGUUCUGCGCCAGUAUUACAAUGAGGACGUCCAUUCGUGGUCGUGGGUCCGCGUGGCCGUCCGUGGUGGAUGCUUGCUUGCGUGGCGCGACGGAACAUUGCCGAGACGACCUGCUGCAAGACUCCCCCUGCGGCACUUGCACCUUAGGGCUGCCGCAGCUCUCCCCAACGCCUUCCAGCUGUCCAGGCUGCGAGAUGACUCCGCAGUUGCCACGUUUCAGGCUUGCAAUGCGACGGAAUACGCCCGUUGGGUACGCGCCCUGUGCGUCGAAAUACUUGGACAGACGCCGCUGCCGCAAGUUAGAUUUCUGGACGUACUUCCAGCAGCGGACACGAAUAACAAGGAACCAAAGAAAAUAACACUACAGGAGACGCCCAUGUGUCCCCCGAGGCCUCCUCCCAGAGCUAGACGGAGAUUGUUAACCGCGUCAGAGACUCAGCUGUCGAGAAGGGACCACUCGCCCGCUGCAACCGACGAAGGCAUAGUCGUGGACCAUGACGACUGCGACUCUUCGUCCGACCGCAGCCUCGACCUGUCCCUGUCUCUCGACACACUGAAGACCAUCGACGUGGUAGAUGCGCCAAUAAGGAAAGCAGAGGUCGUUAAAUGUGACAAUUGCUGUAAACUAACCGCGAGUCCUCCACAGCACCACACGUUACCCCGAGCGAGAACCUCGGACACUGAACUCGGUCGACAUCGGUAUUUGAAACGCUGGGAGGGUACCACAGCUGGAGCUGAGAGAGGACGGUUCGCGUUAGAAGCAGCGAGAAGAAAGACUGCCGCGUUAGAGAACAGAGCCAGGUCAUGUUCACCGAACGCUCACGAAGUAUCACAGUACGUUCCCGUUCGUGAGAGGCGAGCGCUUUUCGAAUCACUGUCACAAAGCGGUGGCAGCUUAGCUCGCAGUAGUGAACAGCUGGCUCGGCCGGUUAUGGAGACGCCAAGGCGGGCGGCGUCCUUGCACGACCUGCAAGCGCCGCCGACACGUUCUGUUAGCGAUUUACGUCAGUUCUUCGAAGCGGUGGCGCGAGGUGUCGGAGCCUGCUCGGGAUUGUACACCCCUAAUCCUGUCCCGCGCUACACCUCGCUAGCCUGCGCCUGACUUGUACAUACAUAUUGUAGAUAGGACUCACGGCGUGGACCGCCGGUCUAAGUCGUUCGUUUUAAGACUGUUAAAAGUAUUGUUAUUAAAUACGUAAUAUAAAUAAAACACAUUAACUAAUA